AUGGCGAACUUGGGCUGCGAGGCCCUCCGGAGUCAGGAUGGGGAGAGUUUUCUCUACUUCGCCUAUGGCAGCAACCUGCUGACGGAGCGGAUCCACCUCCGAAACCCCUCCGCCGUGUUCUUCAGCGUAGCCCGGUUGCAGGAUUUUAAACUUGACUUUGGCAAUCCCCAAGGCAAAACAAGUGAAACUUGGCAUGGAGGUAUAGCCACCAUUUUUGAAAGUCCUGGCGAUGAAGUAUGGGGAGUAGUAUGGAAAAUGAACAAAAGCAAUUUAAGUUCUCUGGAUAAGCAAGAAGGGGUUAAAAGUGGAAUGUAUGUCCCAAUAGAAGUUACUGUUUCAACUCAAGAAGGAAAAGAAAUAACCUGUCGAAGUUAUCAGAUGACAAAUUAUGAGAGUGUUCCCCCAUCACCCCAGUAUAAAAAGGUCAUUUGCAUGGGUGCAAAAGAGAAUGGUUUGCCACUGGAGUACCAAAAGAAGUUAAAUGCAAUAGAACCAAAUGACUACAAAGGAAAGGUCUCAGAAGAAAUUGAAGACAUUAUCAAAAAGGGAGAAGCAAAGACUCAUUAGAACUUAAUGGAAUAUAUCUACAUGUAUUUUCUCUAUAUGCUAAUACCUUUUUAAUAUUUAGAACAGGGAUCUGGG